AUGCCCUCAUUGUCGUCGAUGAUGAGCUACGUAGCGCCGCGCGUCAGGUCACGCGUCACACAGUACUGGCGGGUGCGUGGUGUACUUGUACUGCACUUGUAUGCCCCUUGCAUCACGACUCCAAACCCACCUCAGUCCGCGCCAGUCUUCCCCGGAAGCCUUCACGAGAACGUAGCCCUCGGAACCGUAGGCAAAGGCAAACGUACAGAGGACGUUAGCAGAGGAGAAGUCGAAGAAGCAGUGCAGAGUUGCGAUGCUCGAGUCUUGGGUGCUAGAGACUUCGCAAUCGCGCGGGCGCGGAUACGUGACCCUGACGUCUUGAUUCUCGAUGAAGCAACAUCAGCCUUAGACCCCCCAACUCGCGCACUUAUCAUGGCCGCUAUUCGCCGAUGGCGCCAAAACCGCACCAUCAUCAUCAUCAUCACCCACGACGUCGCCUCAAUCGAAGAACAAGACUUUGUCUACGUCAUGCGGGAAGGCUCUGUCGUCGAGCAAGGGUUCCGAUCGGAUCUCCUGCAAGCAGGAUGA